CAUCAUUCGAUUUUUUCCCGCGUUCUUUUCUUCCUUUACGGCCACGUGGGAAUAAGAUGCGACAUCCGUGAACAUGUCACUGAGCUGCCUUUGUCUCCAGUCACUGUCAGGACAUUUUAUCUCUCUUGAUCUGUCGUUGUGUUGACAAUAUUUGUUCACCCAUCAACUACGUUAAGCUUGCAUUGUUCGGGACCAAGUUCCGACGAAAAGGCCAACAUCACCCAUCGUUCCUUCUGAUGAUUUAGUGGCAUGAGAGCUUAGUCCAGGAUUUUACAACUUUCUAAGAGCUUCCAAGGCCACUCAGCGUUCUUGAUUAGACUUGGGAUACCUCAGCACUCCAUCCUCGUUGUACCGUUUCUAUCAUUAUUCAUAUCUCUACCUACCCCACCAUCUUCAACACGCAGCCGCUGCAGCCUCUCGCUCAAUCAACAAACCGCGAAGCAUACUUGGCCCUGCACAAGCAUCGAAUACUGCAUCUCUCGGCCUGAUUCCUAUUCCUACACAGCAUCAUGCCAGCUCACUCCGAGGGAGGUGAUCGAGCUUUGCCUCCACAACGCGAUUCUACAAACGCAGAAACGGUGUCCUCGGACGAACCCGGAAUUGCAGAACCACCCGAGCCAUCAAGGCCGACCACUUCCUAUUUCUCUCUUCCCACGAGUCAGAGUUCGGCGGAGCCCACGUCCGAACAGAAAUCGCCCAUCGAAGCUGAGAGAGGCGCCUCAGGGAAGGAACUACUCCGCCGACUCAGCCUCGUCAAUCCAGAAGGUGCCGAUACCCUCGAUGUCGACCCUCGCACUGCUCAUCCGGCUCUGCGGUUGAGCGGAAACAUCAUCAGUGCAACCUUUUGCAUACCUUUUGAGCUUACUCACGGGGGCCAAGGUGAAUGGGGACUUUCUACGCGCCACGGCACCUCGGCUUUGUUUGAUUCAUUCUCUUACCUCUCUUCUGAAAAGUCGCCGUGGAACCACACUUUGGUUGGCUGGACGGGCGAGAUUCACAACAAGCCACAGCAGCGCUCGAUGAGCAUAUUGCAGACCGAUGGUGCUUCAACAACCACAAACCCGACUGCACAAGGGCCGGGGCCGAUAAACAGAUCUUCCGCGCCCUAUCCAGUGAAUGGUGCUCACCCACAGUCUCACGACUCCCACCCUGAGCACCUCUCCCUAUCACGCGCUGAUAGGAGUCGUCUGGAAAAGGUCCUCGCUCACCAUCCCAAUGGGAAAACUCUGCCUGUCUGGUUACCCGAUGCCAAAGGUGACACAGAUGACGAGUUUGUGUUCAAAGACCAGAGUCGGUGGCGGAGGUAUGCCGAGCACGAGCUCUACACGCUUUUUCACUAUCGCCAGCAUGGUCCCGACGAUGGCCGGGCGGAGAAAGCUUCGUGGAAUGACUACAUGCAAAUGAACCAGGCCUUCGCGGACAGAAUCCUGCAAGUUUACCAGCCUGGCGAUAUCGUCUGGAUCCAUGACUACCACUUGAUGAUGCUACCUAGCAUGUUGCGGCAACGAAUACCACACAUCUACAUCGGCUUCUUCCUUCACAUUCCUUUCCCCAGCAGUGAAUACAUGCGUUGUCUGCCAAGGAGAAAAGAAGUUCUGACGGGAGCAUUGGGUGCGACCAUGAUUGGCUUUCAAUCGUACAGCUUUUCUCGACACUUCAACUCCUGUUGCAAACGCAUUCUAGGCUUCGAAUCGAGCUCUGCUGGUGUGGACGCUUAUGGCGCCCACGUCGCCGUGGACGUCUUUCCAAUUGGCAUUGACGUGGCCGCUGUCCAAAAUGCCGCAUUUAGGGAUCCUGUCAUCGAACAGAACAUGAGGGCCCUGAAAAAACUGUAUGCGGGCAAAAAAAUCAUUGUCGGUCGCGAUAGACUCGAUACCGUCAGAGGAGUUUCGCAGAAGUUGAUGGCUUUUGAGAUCUUUCUAGACCGAUAUCCCGAAUGGCGCGACAAGGUAGUCCUCAUUCAGGUCACGAGUCCUACGAGCGUAAUGGAGGAUAAGGUGGAUGGUGCUCAUAAGGUUGAGCUCAAAAUCUCGAAUCUGGUUUCUAGAAUAAACGGUCAGUUCGGUUCACUGAGCCAUUCGCCAGUCCAGCAUUAUCCACAAUAUCUCUCCUCUCAAGAGUACUUCGCUCUCCUCCGAAUAGCCGAUGUCGGACUCAUCACUAGUGUCAGAGACGGGAUGAACACAACGAGCCUUGAAUACAUCAUCUGUCAAAAGAAUCACUUUGGUCCUCUGAUCCUGUCAGAAUUUUCCGGAACCGCGGCCAGCUUGGGUAAUGCUAUGCACAUCAACCCCUGGGAUCUAGGUGGCGUUGCGGAUGCCCUCAAGGAGGCGCUCGAAGUGCCUGAAUCACAAAAAAGACAUGAUCACGAGAAAUUGUACAACUAUGUCACCACGCACACCGUGGCUUCGUGGGCGAAUAAUUUCCUGAAGCGGCUGCUCACAAAUCUUACCUCCUUCACCCAAAACGACCUUACUCCUGCAUUGGAUCGCAAUCGCAUGAUCCAACAGUACCACGCAGCCAAAAAGCGAUUGUUCAUGUUUGAUUAUGACGGCACGCUGACACCCAUUGUCAAAGAUCCCAAUGCUGCCAUUCCCGCCGACAAAGUGCUGCGGACUUUGAAAGCUUUGGCUGCUGAUGAACGCAACAAUGUUUGGAUCAUUAGUGGUCGUGAUGCUUCAUUUCUCGAGGAAUGGAUGGGCCAUAUCAGCGAACUCGGUCUGAGUGCUGAACACGGGUGCUUCAUGCGACGUCCUGGCUCUGAGACCUGGGAGAAUCUGGCUGCCUCUAUGGACAUGGGUUGGCAGAAAGAUGUCAUGGAUAUUUUCAGCUACUACACGGAGCGCACGCAAGGAUCGUGGAUCGAGAAGAAACGUGUCGCAUUGACGUGGCACUAUAGGCAAGCUGAUCCUGAUUUUGGAGCUUUUCAAGCUCGAGAAUGUCGCAAAGCCUUGGAAGAUAACGUCAUGAAGAACUGGGAUGUUGAAGUCAUGUCUGGCAAGGCGAAUCUUGAAGUGCGUCCCCAAUUCGUCAACAAGGGUUUUAUCGCCUCUCGCCUCAUCCAUGAAUAUGGUUAUGCAAGCGGUGAUCCGCCAGAGUUUGUCCUCUGCUUGGGAGAUGAUCAGACCGACGAAGAUAUGUUCCGUGCUCUCCUCAAGACCGACCUCCCUAAAGAGCACAUCUUUGCCUGUACGGUGGGCGCCAGUAGCAAGCGGACCCUUGCUUCAUGGCAUCUGUUGGAGCCUAGUGAUGUGAUUGCCAGUAUCUCUGCCUUGAAUAAGCAGGACAAUCUGUAAAGCACGGGUUUUAGUCACCAGACCUGUGUGAAACGUUAAUGCGAGGAAACGUGUCCUUUGAAAAGAUCUUUUAUUGAUACAUGUCUGGACUGGAACAGAGCUUGUUGAAGAUAGAUGGCGAGCAUCAAUUAUGGUCACCGAACCUGACCAAAAUUCGUGUCCGUUCCGUUUUGGGAGUGGCCAGGUGAUUGACCCUUGACUGGAUACCUACGUUGGGCCAGGCGCAGAUUUGAAGGAGUAAACUGCUCUUAGGACAGCUAUUCAUGCAUACAGGGUAGGUUAGAAUAGAGCGAGAUAGAAUAUCUUAAUGAUACUCAUCCAAUGAUAUCCCAG